AUGGAAACUCCACAGGAGGACAGAGGGAGAUCUCGUUCAAUGAACAAUAAAAGUCGUUCUUUGAAUCCAUCAACCUCCCCACACCCUCAAUACCAUGACCCCCGGACCUCUUCGCUUGAACUCGAUCCUGCUGGUACAAUCUUCACCAACUCUCCCUCUUUAGCCACUUCCAAUGAGCAGUUCCCCAUAACCACACCUUACCUAUCCGCAUCCGCGCAUGAUACCAAUUUCCUCCAUCCCUCUGGCGUCACAUCGUCGGAACCUCCUCCUUUUGGGCAUCCCCAACCGUUCUCUCAAAGCUUCGAGGCCGGUUUCCUCAAUCAGCUCGAACGCUCCUUGAAUAUCAAAGCCGCGCAGGGGGAGGAGAACUUCUCCAGCCUCCUUAACUCAAAUAGGCCACAAUUUGAGGAUUUUACUAUUUACACAAACACUAAUACCGCAACUGAUUUCGACCCUUCACUUAUGCUUGAUCCACAACUCAAUCAGAAUCAGCGACAGCAGCAACAGCAACAAUUAAACCAGUCUGUCAAUCCUGCGAACUUAAGCAGGAUAUCAUCUCCACACCCCACUCCCCCACACUUGAUACCACCUGAUGCACACCCGUCCCCUGGCCGUCCAUCAUCUCCAGCUUCUAACCCAGGUGCUUAUUAUACCCCCAACCAGUCUCGUCCAACAUCAUUGGACCCCACAAGUGCAGCCUUUUUGACGAGCCAAUCCCACACCGAUUGGCAAGGCAUGCUAGGGAAUCCCGCUUUCCAAAGCCAUCGAAGAGCACCAUCAGAGCACUCGGACGUUUCCUCUGCUGCGCAUUCGCCCUAUCUCGCCCAUCACGAUACCUUUGAUCCAGACAUUAACAGUCAUUCUCCAUUACUCUCCGCUCAAAACGAUCAGAACCCAUAUGAGAAUGCCCUGGGAAUGGAAGCAUUUUCAAUAUCGGAGCAGGUCCUACAUCAAAGGCUUAGCCCAGGUCAGAGCCCUUAUAUCUCUCCGCGCCUGAUGCCGCAGCAACUAGGUGCGGAUCCGGGGCAAGAUGGAUCAUUUAUCUUAGCACAGCAUGUGAAUAAUCAACUUGGACCAACUAGUCCUCCAGAAAUGUAUGUCACCCGGGCUGAGGCGACCCCAGCACCCGCACCCGCUUUUCAAACCCAUAAUAGUCCUGGGGAUAUGGGCCAGGCUGCCCAAAUGACGCCGCCUUCUAUCAAUGUUGAAUUUGCGCCUCCAUCACGAACCACAAGCUUUGGUCCUUCCAAACCGGAGACAGAUAUGGACACUCUCAGCCCUCCCGCUAACCGCUCUCGUGGACGCAGCAAGUCUGAUCCCUAUGGUCAUCCCAUGACUCGUCCAAUGCCACUUUCGACACCUCCAGCUAUCGCUGGUCCAGGCUCCCAACGUUCCCUUUCACCUUUUAGCGGCAGCACUGGCAACCUGAGCACUCCAUCCUCCCGUGAUGCUUCUCCGUCAGCAGCCAAGAAUCGACGCCAGUCAACCUCCUCAAUCGACAAUCGUAAUUACAUACUGGAUCUCGCCGACCCCCAACGACCAGGUGCAAGUGCUACAGACUCUAAACGUAUCCAGAAACACCCGGCAACCUUUCAAUGCAGCCUAUGCCCGAAACGCUUUACCAGAGCCUACAAUUUACGCUCUCAUCUUCGUACACAUACCGACGAGAGGCCCUUUGUGUGCACAGUGUGCGGCAAGGCCUUCGCCCGCCAGCAUGACCGCAAGCGCCACGAGUCUCUCCACUCCGGUGAAAAGAAAUUCGUAUGUCGUGGCGAUCUAGCCCGCGGCGGCCACUGGGGUUGUGGGCGACGGUUCGCGCGAGCAGAUGCGCUGGGUCGCCAUUUUCGCUCAGAAGCCGGCAGAGUAUGUAUCAAGCCAUUGCUAGAUGAGGAGGUGAUUGAGCGCGAGCGGACAUUCGGGGUUCAACAAUCUAUGCACGGUCAUUUGCAACCAGUGACUCAACCGAUAAGUAUCCCGCCGAUGGAGGGACAGGUGUCGGGCUUUACGCUACCUGCAGCGCUGCUGGCACAGUAUCCUGCUCUCCAAACUCUGCAGUGGGAUCAACUCUCGUCACAACCGGAUGAUACGGCUGGUGGCGGUGGCAGGGGCAGUUUCGAUGCUAGCUCUGGGGGCGAAUUUGGAUUUGGUGAUGAUGACGAUUCAGGAAUAAAUAGUGGGUACGCGAGUGGCUCCGGGCAGAAUUACACGUCUGGCCCACCACAGGAUCAGAUUAUGGGGGCGCCGACUGCUGGGGUUGGUGGCUGGGGACAGCACAGUCAGGAGUGGACGGCUGAUUACAAUGGUACUAGAUGA